UGAUAACAUGGAAGUCGAUAGAAGGACCCAAAAAAAGAGAAAUAAAUGGAAUCCGGAAAGAAGAAGAAAGGAACGAAACCGGUACUACAACCUUUUUGACCAAAUGGGGCAGGCAAGCGAGAAAGACAAAGCUGAUAUAAGUGGGAACGAUCACGAUGGUGAUGGUGAUGGUGAUGGUGAUUAUGAAAAGGAUGAAGAGGAUGAAGAAGAUGAAGAGGAUGCAUGCUGGGUCUUUCCUUCCAUAGAUGAUGACGACGAUGGUGAUGAGGAUGGUGAUAAUGGCGAUGAUGAGGAUGGUGAUGGUGAUGGUGAUGGUGAUGGCGAUGGUGAUGGUGCUUCCAUAGAUGAUGACGACGAUGGUUAUGAGGAUGGUGAUAAUGGCGAUGAUGGUGAUGGUGAUGGUGAUGGCGGAAGGAGGAGCUACUGGAGUAAUGAGAUCAAGACCUUGCGGAUGGGAAACGACCAUUACGACGAUAAUGAUAAUGACGAUAAUGAGAAUGAUGAUGAUGAUAAUGAUGAUGAUGAUAAUGAUGAUAAUGAUGAUAAUGAUGACGAUGAUGAUAAUGAUGAUGAUAAUGAUGAUGAUGAUGAUGAUGAUAAUGAUGAGGAUGAUGAUGAUAAUGAUGAGGAUGAUGACGAUAAUGAUGAUGAUAACAAUGUCAACGACGAUGAGAUGGACGAGAAGAGAAGGCGCGGGGGAGCGGUGGAGGAGGAGGACGAGGAGGAAGAAGAGGAGGAGGGAACGAGGCGGAGGAGUAGGUCUGGUUAAGUACGAUAAUGCGUAGGAGAAAAUCAGACAAUGACGACGAUAAAGAUGACAACGAUGA